AACAAACCCUACCCCACAUCCACUUCCAGAUGAGCCACGAGGCCGGCGGCGACGAGAUGGCCCUCCGUCGCCGCCACCCGCCGACGGCCGCGCCGCUGGAAGACGAGGACCUCCUCGGGGAGAUCCUCCUCCGCGUCCCCCCGAUGCCCUCCUUGCUCCCCCGCGCCUCCCUCGUCUCCAAGCUAUGGGGAGCCGUCGCCGCCGCCCCCUCCUUCCGCCGCCGCUUCGUCGCCCACCACCGGAGGCCCCCCGUCCUCGGCUUCUUCGAGAAGGGCGACGGGGAGCUGGUCUUCACACCCAUCCUCGACCCUCCCGACCGCAUCCCUCGCGCGCGCUUCUCCCUGCGGCCCGGCGGCGACGGCGACGAUUUCUGUGGCCCGUUCAAUUCGUGGGUUCUGCUCGGGUGCCGCCACGGCUGGGUCCUUAUCGUCAUCCGGUUUUGGCCUAUGCUCCUCGUGUUUCAUCCUGUCUCCGGUGACUGCCGCAGCGUGGACAUUCCGUCAGAUUUCUUACAGUGUGUGCGCGACUUCAGCGGAGCCGUGCUCUGUGCUGCAGGCGACGACCAGGGCCACGUGCACGGAGACUGCCACUCGUGCCCCUUCAAGGUUGUCUUGGUAGGCACCAGAGAGAAACAAGAUCUCACCGUCGCCUGGGUUUACUCCUCAGAGACCGGCAUGUGGGGAGAUCAAGUUUCGACGACGCAACCAUGUGCCGGUUUGGUCUACCAUCUCCCCGGCAUGGUUAACCGUCUCCCCUGCACGCUUGUGGGCAAUGUCCUCUACUGGUUGUUGCAUGGGUCAGACAAUGGCAUACUCGAGUUUGAUUUGGAUAGCCAGAGACUGGCUCUGAUAGAGAGGCCUUCAAGUGCGGGCAUCAACCGCGGCAACAGUCGGAUCAUCAGGUUAGAGGAUGGCAGUGUUGGCCUCGCUGUAUUUUUGUAUCCGACCUUCAAUAUGUGGAAACGCAAGGUCAGUAGUCACGGUGUUGCCUCAUGGGUGCGGCACAAGAUUAUUGACAUUCACAAGAUCAUUGGUCUGCCACGUCGGAUCAAGACAGGGAAGGGAGCUAUAGUGGGGUACUCCGAGGAUGCUAACGCGGUUUUUAUAUCGGUGUCUGGCUAUUUACAAUACUAUGCCUUCAUUGUUCAACUUGAGUCCAUGCAGUCCAGGAAACUUAAUCAAAUAUUUUUCGAGAAUUCCUACCAUCUGUUCGCAGAUUUCUAUACUGCAGGUACAGUUCCAGCCAUUGAGCCAACACAGCAGCAAAGUAUUGUUCCAGCAAUUGAGCCACCACAGCUGCAGGGUGGUCGCAUGAUUCAGUUGAUCAGUAGGAUUUUCGUCUGCACCAGCAUUUGGUGGUUUUCCCUUCUCGUAUCUGACUGUAAUGUGGUGUAAGAACUGGUUAUAUUCCGUUGAGCAAUUAAUGGAAAGGUGUGAAGGCCCGGUUGGGAGAAAAAUCAGCACUUGGUUGUAUGACUUGAAUAGGAGAACAGUGGGCAGGUAAGCACUACGUAGUAAGAAAAAGGACAUGCUAAUUUAGUUUUCGUUAGUUUUCACUGUUAUUACCAUCUGUUUGCAGCUUCCUAAAAAUGAGUGGUGUCAUGAUCAUUUGACAGAAUGAAGAAAAUAAAGGAGCAUAGGCCGAUAGGAAUGGAACUUGUGAGUUAGUAGUACCUUGCUUUAAGCGAAAAAGUUAAUUUUCCUGUUUGUACGGCAGCAAUACAUAUCAGUAAAAGCAAAAUAAUGUUUAUGAAGCAGUUUUUGACGUGGUAACAGAUUAUCAGUAAAACCAAAGCAUGCCAUAGCUAUACAUUGAAUUUUUUUUGAAUCAUAACUUUGCUUCUAUAUCAGAUGCAUAGUGUUCUCCAAAAUAUGUAUGUGCUCCCAUAUUGGUAUUUUUUUACAAGGUGAGAUCUUAUGCUCUGGUUGUACCAAUCAACCAGUUCGUUAUUUUUCCUAUAUGUAUUAUAAUUAUGGAUGUUAUACAAUUGGUACUUUCCAUUUGCGGCAGUUUCCUUGAUUCGGUAGUUGCAUUGUGUGCAUCAAUACGUUGCUCGAUGGAUUAGUUCUCCAGCUCAUAUCAGUAGUUUAGGCCACCAUUUAGCUUUUGGACCCAGAAGUUGGAAAAUUUGGCUCGGCUAGCUGCAAGAAUUGCACUAGAAUGGAAAGCUGGAGAAGUUGCAUCUUCUUAGGGUGUGUUUGGUUCAGGAACGAAUUGUAAUGGAAUGUCGUCGUUCCAUUCCACUAGAAUUGGUCGGUUCUGUCCUUGUGUUUGGUAGGGGCAACUCAAAAUGGAAUGGUUACAUUUUGGUGUUUGGUUUUAGAGAUGGAAUAAAAUGGAUACGUUCAUCUCAUCUUGAGUUAGAUUCGUUUUCAGUCAAACAAAAAUCGCUGAAUAAAGUGGUCAUCCAUCCAUCAUGCAACAAAGGCAGAUAAACGUUGAAUUGGAUUUCAGAACAGGAGUGUUAGCAUAGAUUCAUGAACCGAAGGCUUGAGCACGCUCUGCCAAAAAUAAAUCACAGAGAAAAACAAAAAGGAAAAGAUUGGGACUCAAGCACAAGAUGAACAGAAGCCACCCAAAUACCAAAGUAUGGAUCUGAUUGCUACAAGAAAAAGGUGCUUCUUUUCUGAUUUCAGUCCUGGCGGGGUGUGCUCAGGCGAUGCCAACAGCCGGCGCUUGGAGCGGCUGCUCCAGCAAGCGUGGAGGCUUGGUGCUUCCCGGCGUGUCGCGCGAGCACGGCGACAGCAUGGCCUCCCCGGCCUUGCUCGUAUCAUCUUCCUUGGCCUCCGCCGGCUCGACACAGCUGGUGCACGGAGUGCGGAUGUGGUGCCCGAGUCUGCUAUGUACUGGUGGCGGUCUCCUCCACCGGCGACGAACGCCCGCCUCACCGGAAGAGAG